AUGUCACGCGUACAAAUCGCCGCCAACUACACGCGCAUCCUAGCACAGUGGCCAAAGGAUGUGCUGAGACCAGAGACCAACUUCAGCAAGGUCCUGGAGAAGCGCGUGCAGACCCCACCAAUUCCGUUCCGAGACGAGGAGAAGGAGAUUAAAGCUGCACAACUACUCUUGGGGAACAGAUUCAGCAAUCAAACGAAGUUACCACAAAGCCUGCUACGGCCCUACAGCAAUCCACAGCAUUAUGACGUUCUCAAGCGCGAACUAGAGGAGAUGCCGAACCGGACAUGGCUCCAAAAUUUCCUCAAGAGACUUCAGAAUAUGGUCCGGUUUCAGUGA